AUGGCGCCAAAGAAGAAAGGUGGGAAGAAAGAGGGCAAGAAGGGCGGUGGUGACGCCGACGGAGAGCUCAGCCCACAGGAGCUGCUGCGACGAGCCGCGUUCCGGAUAGAGUCGCUCGAGCGGCAGCUAGCGUGGCGAGAGGAGAAGGUGGCGGCGGCGCUUGCGGGGCAGAGGGACCUCAAGGAGAAGGUGUCGCUCUACCACGAGGACUUUGAGCGGGAGAAGGCUUCCAUUUUUGACAUCGCGUCCGACAUGACGAGGCAGUACAAGGGCAUGCAGGCAGCUUGGCUCGCCGAUGCCGAGGACCUGCAGGGGCGCAUUUCCACGCUAGAGGCGACCAUCCGCGAGCACAAGGAGGCGCUCGAUCAGGCGAGGGCGGAGCUCGAGGAGGAGCGGCGGGGCAAGGGGCACGCUCUUGCGCUCAAAGAGGCCGAGAUUGCGGAGAUGAACAAAAAGAUGGAGGACAUGGCGCUGGAGUUUGGUGACAUGCUCAAGGAGACGCUCGACAAGAUGGGGGCGCAGCUCGAGCUGUCUAGCAGCGAGAACGCCAGCAUGACUCGAAGACUGGACGACUUCAAGGUGGCCCAGGGAGCCACGACGUGA